UCAGCUCGACCUCCGCGGUCCCGGGCGGUGGGUGACUGGCCGCCCCGGGCGAGGCCACCGCGGGUUCCCGCCCGGACAGCCCGGCGCUCCGGAGGACGCGGGCUUGGCGAGCGCUCGGAGACUGCGGGGCCGGGGAGGAGGGUGGGCGAGCCAACCAGUAACUUCUUUUUUGUGCUCCAAGUUCUUGCACUUGGAAAAUUCCUUCUUCUUCUCUUUUCUAGAUGUCGCAUCAGUAGUGACCAAAGCCGCACGUCUGUCACACGGGUGUUGGGGUGCUGGUGGGAGUGGACGCCGCGAUCCCACCUGUGGUCCUGGGAGAAGUCUGCUCCCAGUCACUCCUCAGGACCUGCCUUUCACUAACUCCGAGGAGAGUUUCUUGGGACUCGGAAAUCAGAGUUCUCCGAAACAGAAUCCACUGAAUUAAUUUCAAAGGUCAUUGCCUGCAGGAAUCGUCCUUCUCCUAAGAACUGUGGAGCCCUCAGAAGUGAGAAGGCCAAUUUGCUCUUACACUAAGAGCAACAAUUACAAUUUGGCUGGAUUCACCCAGCAUGAGGCCUUCUCUGCAGGCAGUGGCGCUAUGGGGAAAGAAGGCCCCUCCCCACAGCAUCACUGCCAUCAUGAUCACUGAUGACCAGCAAAUGAUUGUGACUGGAAGUCAAGAGGGUCAGCUCUGUCUCUGGAAUCUCUCACCUGAACUAAAGAUCUCAGCGAAAGAACUCCUGUUUGGUCAUUCGGCUUCCGUAACUUGUUUGGCAAGAGCAAGGGACUUCUCUAAACAACCCUAUGUUGUUAGUGCUGCUGAAAAUGGGGAGAUGUGUGUUUGGAAUGUCACCAACGGACAGUGCGUGGAGAAGGCCACCCUUGCUUACAGACACACUGCAAUCUGUUAUUACCACUGCUCAUUCCGGAUGACAGGAGAAGGUUGGCUUCUUUGUUGUGGAGAAUAUCAAGAUGUCCUUAUAAUUGAUGCCAAAACUUUGGCUGUUAUUCACACUUUUACAUCAUCUCAGUCUCCCGAUUGGAUCAACUGUAUGUGUAUCGUCCACUCCAUGAGAAUUCAAGAAGAUUCUCUCUUGGUGGUAUCCGUAGCUGGUGAGCUCAAAGUAUGGGAUCUUUCCUCAUCCAUCAACAGCAUUCAGGAAAAGCACGAUAUCUAUGAAAAAGAAUCCAAGCUUCUCAAGUCCUGGAACUGCCAGACAAUACGAUUUUGCACGUAUACUGAGAGACUUCUAUUGGUAGUGUUUUCUAAAUGUUGGAAGGUUUAUGAUUACUGUGAUUUUUCUCUUCUGCUGACUGAAGUUAGUAGAAAUGGGCAGUUCUUUGCUGGUGGAGAGGUGAUUGCUGCUCACAGAAUCCUCAUCUGGACGGAAGAUGGUCACAGUUACAUCUAUCAGCUGCUGAACAGUGGGCUUUCAAAGAGUAUAAACCCUGCUGAUGGAAGAGCGCUUAAAGAGACCAUUUAUCCUCAUCUACUGUGCUCUACUUCUGUGCAGGAAAAUAAGAGCGGGCCCUUGGUUAUGGGAUACAUGAAUGAAAGAAAAGAGCCUUUUUAUAAGGUACUUUUCUCUGGAGAAGUCUCAGGAAGAAUUACUUUGUGGCACAUCCCGGAUGUUCCUGUAUCCAAGUUUGAUGGUUCUCCUAGAGAAAUCCCAAUAACUACCACCUGGACUCUUCAAGAUAAUUUCGAUAAGCAUCAGACAACGUCACAAAGUAUCAUUGACCAUUUCUCUGGGCUUAGAGACGGGGCCGGAACUGCUGUAGUCACUUCAUCAGAGUACGUCCCGAGUCUUGAUAAACUAAUAUGUGGCUGUGAAGAUGGGACAAUUAUCAUCACGCAGGCCUUGAAUGCUGUGAAAGCAGGACUUCUAGAAGGCGAUUCUUUAUUAAAAGAUUCCUCCCCUCGCAAAGUUCUUAAAGGGCAUCACCAAAGUGUUACUUCAUUACUGUACCCACAUGGUCUCUCUUCAAAAUUAGACCAAAGUUGGAUGGUGUCUGGGGAUCAAGACUCCUGUGUCAUCUGGUGGGAUAUCUUUACUGAAGAAAUUCUGCAUACAUUCUUUUUGGAAGCUGGUCCAGUGACAAGUCUUUUGAUGUCACCAGAGAAGUUCAGACUAAGGGGCGAUCAAAUCAUUUGCUGUGUGUGCAGUGACCAUUCCGUGGCUCUCCUUCACCUUGAGGGGAAGAAGUGUCUCCUGCGGGCCCGGAAGCACCUUUUCCCCGUGAGGAUGAUAAAAUGGCACCCAGUUGAAAAUUUUUUAAUUGUUGGGUGUGCAGACGACUCUGUCUACGUCUGGGAAAUUGAAACAGGCACUUUAGAAAGACACGAGACAGGAGAAAGAGCUCGAAUUAUUCUUAAUUGUUGUGAAGAUUCACAGCUUCUAAAGCCCGAGUCGGUACUUCCAGUGGCCUCUGAGACAUCUAGACACAAAAGUGUAGAACAGAGAUCUUCCAGCUCCUACCAGCUUGGGCCAGUACCUUCCCUUGGACUGCAGGUGGAGUCUUCAUGCAAGGUUGUGGAUGACGAGUCUUUCCCAAGGCCUUUUAAUGUCUUGCCUGUGAAGACAAAAUGGAGCAAAGUUGGCUUCCAUAUCCUUCUGUUUGAUCUGGAAAACCUUGUUGAACUUCUGCUGCCCGCCCCCCUCAGGGAUGGUGACCCUUCCAGUUCUUUCUAUGGUAGUGAGAUCCUGAGAAGAGCCAAGAGUACCGUAGAGAAAACAAUGACACUGAAAAAAAAUAAAAGUGCCUGUGGUCCUCUCUCAGCAGAGGCACAAGCCAAGCCUGCGAGUGAAAGCCUGGCCCACGGAGAUAAUACUAACAAAUUGGCAGAAGAAAAUGACGGCAUUAGAAGACAGAAGAAAAUGAAGAGCUCCAAAAAGAUACACCUUAAACCACCCAGAAAAGUUGAUGCCAGCCUCACAAUAGACACAGCUAAAUUGUUUUUAUCUUGUCUCUUGCCGUGGGGAGUGGAUAAAGAAUUAGACCAUCUUUGCAUGAAGCAUCUCAAUAUUUUAAAGCUUCAGGGUCCCAUUUCUCUAGGACUUGCUUCAAACGAGGACCACUUCUCACUGAUGUUGCCUGGUUGGGAUUUGUGCCAUACUGAAUUGAAAAGAGACGAUUCAAGAGUAAAUUUAUUUUCUGGAAAAGUUUUGGACUUGUCAAAUAAAUACAUAGCCACUCUUCCAAAUCAGCUUGUAGUUCCAAGAGGACUGGAAAAUAAUUGUGAUUCUUUGCAAGAGUCGAAUAUCAUAGUUUAUUUAUUGAGCAGACUAUUUUUAGUUAAUAAAUUAGUUAACAUGCCUUUAGAAUGGGCCCAUGGAAUUGACAGUUCCUUCAAAAUGGAAUCUGUACAUUAUAAGGUGAAAAGUCCUGGGAAUGAUAUUUUGAAUAUCUCAAGCUUCUAUGGUUACUCAAGAAAUGGUAAGAAUGAACCCCAUGUACCGGAGGCUGACCUUUCCCUUCUGAAGCUCAUUUCCUGUUGGAGAGACCAAUCUGUGCAGGUAACUGAAGCAAUACAAGCUGUUCUCCUGGCGGAAGUUCAACAGCACAUGAAGACUUUGAGGAAGACAUCACCAAAUUGUCAGCCAGUGUCCGGUGUCUCUACCAUGGCAGAGAAUGGUAACUGUGAUGUGUUGCAGAUGCUGCCAAAGGUGGAAUGGGUGAAGGAAAUCAAGUUACAGUGUAUGAGCAACACUUUGCCUCUUCAAACUCCCGUCAGUCCAGUCAACCAUGACAGCAACUCAAACUCGGCAAACUUCCAAGAUACUGAGGACGUGCCUGACAGAUGGGACUUGCAAGCGUCUGAGAGUCCAGGUGAGCCAAGACAUCAUUUAUGGUUAGCAAAGGUGUGCCCCUGCAAGGUGUGCUAAAUGGAAUCUCAUCUGUAAGAACUGGAUUUGGACACGUUACAAACCCCCCAAACUAUCAUUUGUUUGUUAUUAUAUAAAAGCAAAUUUGUUAUUGGUUGAAUUAUUAGACUGUAAUGGAUUUGCUAGCACUUUAACCAGAAUGUAUUGAAAGUAUAAUACUGAUUGAAAAUACCCAAAUUCAUCUAAUUUUAGGAAAUCAUUGUCUAAAUCUAUAUACCUGCUUCUCACUUUCAAGUUAAUUUUUCCAACAAGGAAUGCCAGCCCACAGAUACAAAUUUCAUACCACUUUCAAUUUUACUUCCAACUUUUCAGUUUCUGCAUUAUAUAAUAAAUAACAUUAAAACCAAUGUAGCACAUCAUGCUUUUAAAUUUAACAUUACUUCAAUAUGUUUAGCUUAAGAUUUGUUAAGUUGGGCCAUCUUUUUUGUAGUAGAUGCUUUAGUUCACAUCAACUACUGUUGUAAAUCUCAUCCCUAAGCAAGAAACAUUCUCUGUCAACAAAUAACCAGUUCCCACUGUCAUCAGUUAGUCCUAAUAAGUGAUACACAGUCUAACAGUGACCAAUGUCGAGUGCUGUUUAGUUAAUUUGGACUUCUAAUGACAUUGAAGCUAAUGUUUUUAGCUAAAGGUUGAUCUUUUUACCCAUUAAAAUAUGAACUAGGGCAGGGGAAUCUACUUACAAAAUUUCACAAUUUAAUCUUAUUAAGUAUAAACUCUUGCAGUUCUUUUCCCAGAAAGAAGCUUGACUAGCCAAAAUUCUAAAGCCAAAUACGCAAAACAAUAUAAGUAAGAAUGACAUAAAGUGCUCGUCUAUUAAGGCCUUUAGUGAUCUAAUUUAUUUUUGAUUAUUUAUAUUGUAUGAUUCCUUGAUUUAUAAAAAAAAUCAUCAAAUAAAGGCCAUAUUACAAUUACAAAUAUUGCCUAAUCCAUGAAAAAUGAAAACAAAGUAUUAAAUAUAUGAUAUAUUGCUAUAUCUAUCUAGUAGGAAGUUCAAGUCACUUCAAUGCAACAAACAUUUUUGAGCAUCGGCCUCAAGUUCUAUUUUGGGAUGCAGUGGGCAGGGGAGGGGGAGAUUAGAGAACUAUAAAAUUGAAAUAGCAGCAUCUCUACCCUUUAGGAGCUUAUAAUUAAUGACGGAUCUGAAUAAAUAUACCAGAAUACAGAAAUCAAAUGAGUAUGACUCCUCAUAAGUAGUGUAAAAUAUGUGUUCCUUAUCUCCUAAAAUAUACCACUGCUUGAAAUUACUUUUGCGUGGUACUUCAGAAACUGUAAUAUAUUAAUAUGAAUACUUAAAUAAAAAUAUAUAUAUCAUAUAUAGAUAUAUACAUAUAUUGAUAUAUAUACACAUACAUAUAUAUAUAUAUGAUAUAUACACUGAUAUAUAAACAUUCCAUUCCUCCUUUGGAAACAGCCAAAGCCACCUGGAGCAAGUUUCAAAUAAAGGAAGGUAGCAAGGCAGUGUAAUAUGUCUUCUUGUGGGUUGUGUAUUCGUCUUAAGGUCAUUACAAGAAGGACUCCCAAAACAUUCUGAAUGAUGAUAUCAGAUAAGUAUAUGUCCUCUUGAAAGGGAAAUUUUAAUAGUUAAAACUUAUUUGGAUGUUCAAGUUGUAAUGUACUUACUAAAAAUAAACUUAUCUUGACAGCUACGUCCUAUUACCUUUUUCAAAGAAGAAUAACAAUACGUUUUAACAGUUGCCAUACUUAGCAUUUUUCAGGUCCAAAGAAACUAAUACAGAAUCCCUGGUAAAUGUUUUAUGGUGUGACUAGCUCUAGCAAAUUAGAACUGGCACAACCAUGACAUUACUAAAUGGGAAUUUUAAGAAUUUUUUCAGCAUCACACGUUAGAGUCACAAAAAUUUAAAAACUCGUGUUAAAUGACUAAUUAAAAUUUCCUUUUAUCAAUAUGAAUUUCGAAGAUCAAAACUAUUAAUCACAAAGCUUUCAUUCCUAAAAGUGAGAGUUUUAGAAAGAGACAUUUAAAUAAUGCUACUCUAAUAUCCAUGUGCAAGUGUGUUUGUAACACAGACCCACUAGACUGUUGAACAAUGAUUUCUUUAUAUUGACUCAUACUCGACAUGUUUCAGUCAUUUCUGUUAGGACGGAGAUUUGAAAUAGCAAGUUCCCACAUAGUUAAAUGGAUGAGCCGUGUGGUGAUCUUCACUACGUGGUUAAGGUUUCUACCAUAGCUAGAAACUCAAAACUGACUUUCUUUGGAUUAGGUGGUCAUCCUUUUAUAUGUCUCGUCUCAGGCAACCGGGGCAAUGAUGGCAUUAGCACACGUGUUUAUAUCUACACUCUUCCUGUCAUUGUAAUAAAUAAGU